AUGGUCCAUUCUCAGUCAUCUGACAAUGUCACAGAUUGGGAUGAGAACCUCGGGACGCUAUUUGGCCCCAGGACAUCAUCGGAGCAGGGCAAUCUUGGUCACAACGGGUCCAGCACUUCGCCGCUCGUCGUCGAUAUCGGUGGCAUUGUCGGCAACAAUGAUCCCAAGGGCGAAAACAUAGUCGAACCCACGAAUUUGAUGGAGCAAUCAAGGCUCGGCUCAUCGGGUGUUAAGCCCCUGGCCAGAAGCCGACCACGGAGGCAGAAUCACUCCUGUGACCCAUGUCGGAUCGCGAAGAGGGCCUGCGACCUCUAUGAGCACAACGUCACUAUCCGGAAUGGCAAACCUGACGCUUCGUGCUCAACUUGCGAAGUACGUGGCUUGGAUUGCACUGCAUCCUGGCUCGCAAGCAGACAAAGCACACAACAGGUUAAAAAGCUUGCUAGAAUGUCGUGCGCACCAUCAGAAAAAGACAGAUCAAGCACUCAAUCCUCGGUGGACGAAGCUCCACUUGCAGUCGAGGAGUGGUUCGCUUCGUCCGGGCCAGAGCAAGAGCUCGUCAGGCAAUUUACCGGGAGUGCAGCUACUGCCCACCAGUUGAAUAUAUACAUCGACGCUAUAGAUGUACCGCUGGCUGAUCAGCUAUCUGGUGGUUGCAUGCCACCGCAGUUCCCGCUGGGCCUUGCUGUCCUCCCACGCCUCCAUGGUCAUUCUAAACUGUCACCCUAUAUUUACCAGGCUCAGACCUGGGUCAAGCACUGUUGGAACACCCCCACAUCCGCCUGGAGCUUCCCGGGACCGGCGCCUCAUCUGUUCUUCCCAGUCAGUGUCCUGGACUCCAUGUUUGAACAAAGUACAAAUCCAGAACAUUCACCUAGGGCAGCAGCACGUAGUGCUAUGUAUAAUGAAAUUUAUAAAUGGGUUGCAUUAGCAACAGCGUCCCAAUUUUCGGUCUACGGGGAUGGCAACGGAAAGCAGCUGUCACAGGACCUUGCAUCUGCCACUUGGCACAAGGCCAAAAAUAUCCUUUUUCAGAACAUCUCCGCGACUGGUUCGUUCCGCCAGGCAUUAUCCCUGAUCCUGUUUGGGACAAUCUGUCCUCCACCAACAAAGGGGGACAGCAGUGCUCUGCAAGCUGAUGCUGAUUUUGCACAUGUUGAAGGUGUUCGGCGCCUUCAAAGCCUUUGCGCACAGGCAGCUGCUUAUUUGCAAUCAGGUGCUCAGGUGCCCCGUUGGAAGCGCAGAAAAGGCAUGGCCAAGCCUGUUGAACAGCCGCAUCCGGUUCACUCAUUAGCUCCUGAGGUCAAGGACGAUCUCCUAGAAUUGGUGGGAGCACUAGAGUGGCUUUUGGUCACUUUAAACUCGGUAGCAAUCGUCAUCUCGCAAGGGACACUCUGUGCGAUACCGCCGGAGCAAUGCGCUGGAGACAAAUCCUGCCUACAUCUGCCGAGAGGACAUUCAUCCGAAACAGCUGAGGCCACUUCAACCGUAGCUCUCCGGCAUGAGGAGAGCCUUAAUGACUCCAUCGUUGCACGAGCUCAGACGCAGGAACAGCCAGUCACAACACUGGUACACGGCGACACUACAGUAGAGACCAUGCGUCAUGUCAUCAGCAAGUCCGGGUCACUUGUCAUUCCCAUAUAUAAGUCACUUGCAUCCCUAACAAUGGCUAUUCAGAACAUGCAAGAGGACGAGUCCAGCUAUGACGAUAUUCACAAACAUCUUCUGACCGUAUUUGCUCUUGUCGAGGUCUGGAGAACGACCUUUGGAAAGUUCGAUGGCAGCACCACUUUGCGCGUACAGAGUUCCGCCUCAAAUGUACGGUCGCUAAUGUUCUCCCUCGUGGGUGAUGGCGAUCUUGCCGUUCUCUUACUGUACAAGCUUUUGUGUCGACUCGAUGACGAUAUUCGGGAACACAAAUCAUCACCAGCCCAUGAUCUCCUGGCUGCAACGAUCCGCUCAAUGUGGACUUCGUUCCGGGAUCAUCGCGUUGAAAGUGCAAUUCAGGUGUCGAACCUAGCUUCUACGGUCAUCAAAGGCACCAAGACUCACAAGACAUAUAUGCCGGGCAUUGCGUGUCAUCCAUAUCCUGCCCUGGUCGUUCAAGCGCAUACACUGGCCGCUGAAGCAUUUACAGAUGAGAUACAGGUCUGUAUUAUGAAUGUGGACACGCAAAGAGCUGCGGAAAUGGCGUCGGGCCUGAAUUUGUGUUUGCAGGGGUUGGAUGGCUUGAAAUGCUCUCUGUCGAAUGUUCCCAGUGUCAACAGCCAUGAUGAGCAGACCGAUUCGUGGCAUUUGCGAUAUUCUACCUAA